AUGCAAUUACUGCAAGGAAAAUUGCAUGGCAAAUUAAGAAUCAUCCACAGAGAUUUGAAAAGCAGUAAUAUAUUACUUGACAAAGACAUGGUUCCAAAAUCCUGAUUUUUGUAUGGCAGAAUUUCAGGGCAACGAAGUCCUGAAGCAAAUACUACAGGAUUGUUAGGAACCUAUGGUUACAUGUCUCCAGAGUAUGCUAUGGAAGGCAUUUUCUCCAUCAAAUCCGAUGUUUAUAGUUUUGGAGUUCUAAUGCUUGAAAUUAUAAGUGGUAGAAGAAAUCACAGCACUUACCAUUAUGAUCGUCCGCUCAAUCUUGUGGGUUAUGCAUGGGAGCAAUGGAAAGGAGGAAGAUGGGAACUAAUAUUAGAUCCGACGGUGAGCGAUUCAGCAUUAAACGACCAAGUUCUGAGAUGCAUUAAUGUGGCUCUGCUAUGUGUAGAACAGGAUCCUUAUGAUAGGCCAACCAUGCCAGAUCUUCCAAUGUCUAAGCAGCCUGCAUUUUAUGUGGGAACUACCACUGUAAAAACAGCAUUGCUCAAACUGAAUUCCAAGUUUCUAAUUUUUAAUCUUUCUGAAAACAAUCAAACAGAGAAAUUUCUAAAAGAACUCUUGACGUCAAAAUUUCUAAAAGAACUCUUGACGUCAGAUAGACCAAGCGAUGCAAAUGAGCUUCAAAAUAGCGGUAACAACGGCCAUAAUUUGCAACUAUAUAGCGUUGCAUCCAUAAGAGCAGCUACCGAUUCUUUCUCAUUGCAAAACAAACUCGGACAAGGUGGUUUUGGACCUGUUUACAAGGUAGAGUUAUAUAUAUAUAUAUAUAUAUAUAUUAUACUCAUUGCUAAACUACAACAUAUGAAUCUUGUGAGACUAUUAGGUUUUUGCAUCCAAGAAGAAGAGAGAUUGUUGAUUUAUGAGUACUUGCCAAAUAAAAGCCUUGACUCCUUCAUCUUUGAUCAAUCAAGAAAGCAGCUAUUGAAUUGGAGAAAGCGAUAUAAUAUCAUCGAGGGAAUAGCUGAAGGUCUAACUUACCUUCAUAAGUACUCAAGAUUAAGAAUCAUCCACAGAGAUAUUUGAAAGCGAGUAAUAUUAUUACUUGACAAAGACAUGGUUCCCAAAAUCUCUGAUUUUGGUUAUGGCAGAAUUUCAGGGCAACGGAGUCUGUGAAGCAAAAAUACUAACAGGAUUAGGAUUGUAGGAACCUAUGGUUACAUGUCUCCAGAGUAUGCUAUGGAAGGCAUUUUCUCCAUCAAAUCCGAUGUUUAUAGUUUUGGAGUUAUAACGCUUGAAAUUAUAAGUGGUAGAAGAAAUUAUGAUCGUCCGCUCAAUCUUGUGGGUUAUGCAUGGGAGCAAUGGAAAGGAGGAAGAUGGGAACUAAUAUUAGAUCCGACGGUGAGCGAUUCAGCAUUAAACGACCAAGUUCUGAGAUGCAUUAAUGUGGCUCUGCUAUGUGUAGAACAGGAUGCUUAUAAUAGGCCAACCAUGCCAGAUGUUUUAUCUAUGUUGACUAAUGACAUACAGCUUCCAAUGCCUAAGCAGCCUGCAUUUUAUGUGGGAACUACCACUGUAAAAACAGGUGAGAGUAGUACUGAAGACUUGGCUGAAAAAUUUUCAGUAAAUGAAAUUUUUCAGUAA